UAUGUGGCAAACUUAAUGAUCAUCGUUUGAGAUCCCAAAAUUUACGCUCUGCCUUUGCGCGAUUGGCAAGAUAAGUGAUGGCACACGAUCCCGCAGGAGCACAUCUUCUGCUCUAUAUGAAAAGAUUGUGUAUGUUUCCAUCGCAGUGCAUGGUGCGUAGCGGGAAAAGCAAUGGCAAUGGAGAUGGAAGUGGACGAUGCACCAAACUUAGGGUUAGGGUUUUCUGAAGAAGAGCUCUUCAAAGCAGCUGAGAAUGGGAAUUCUGCAAUUUUUGCAGAGAUUCCUUUUGAGGAAAUGGGAAAGUUUCUCUCUCUAAGAAACGACGAUGACCGAUCUCUUCUUCAUGUUGCUGUUGCUUCAGGCCAAAAAGAGGUUGUCAAUACACUAAUAGUACAUGAUUCAUCUUUGAACAUUAUAAAUAGUACUGAUGAGGAAGGCUGGGCACCACUUCAUUCUGCUGCGAGUAGCGGCCAUGUCGAUAUUGUCGAGACUUUACUGAACAAAGGGGCCAAUGUUAAUUUGGCUAACAAUGGGGGGCGCACAGCUCUUCAUUAUGCUGCCAGCAAGGGGCGGUUGAAACUUGCUGAAAUCUUAAUCAAUCAUGGUGCUAACGUCAAUCAAAAGGACAAGAUCGGUUGUACGCCAUUGCACAGGGCAGCAAGUACAGGGAACUCAGAAUUAUGUGAGCUACUGAUAGAGGAGGGAGCAGAUGUUGAUGCUGUUGAUAAAGCAGGUCAAACACCUCUAAUGACUGCAGUGAUUUGUGAGAACAAACAGGUCACUCUUCUUCUGGUACGGCAUGGAGCGGAUGUUGACGUGGAAGAUAAGGACGGGUAUACAGCACUUGGUAGAGCUUCUAAUGAGUUUCGGCCAGUCAUCAUCGAUGCUGCCAAGGCUAUGCUUGAAGGGUAAUGCUGAAAAGAUGUAAAGAAUGACACAGCAUUAAUUCUUAUUUCAAGUAAGUUUAUUGAUUCAUGUAAUGUGAAAUUCUGACAAAAACCGUUUAGCACCGAUAGCUUGCGAUAUAGUUUUUGUGCUUGGGUUGUUGCUGUAGUCAAAGGUGGUGUCUUUAGUGCGAGAUUUUAGACUUUACUUGUGAGUAAACUGCAGGAUAUUUGGGACAAAAUGUCUUUGUCCACCACUACUGUACCCAUCUUGUAGCAUGUAAAAAUGAGGCUUUGAAUUGGUCUUCUAACUGAAGUGUUUAGCCA